AUGACAGAGGAAACGACUUCAGAAAAUAAAUUUGAAAAGAAAGUCAUUCUCCUGGGAUCUGCAAAUGUUGGWAAGACAUCGCUGUUCAAUUCUAUCAACAAAAUUUCAAAAACCUUAGAAGCAUCACCGCCAAGACUGAACYAUUGUAAACGAGUCAUCGAUUAUAAAGGCGAGAAAGUCGAGAUGCUGCUUUAUGACACAGAGAAUGGAAUGAGCUCUUGGAAAGAUCAGCAACUGACACGUUCAUACUACAGAUACAGUAUAGUAGCUCUUCUUGUAUACAGCACAGAUGAUAUUGGUAGCGUCACUAAACUACCAGAUUUUAUACAGAAGGUCCAAAAUGAUGCUCCAAAGGCCAAGCUGUUUUUAGUCAGAAAUAAAUGUGAUUUACAAGACUCAACRGUAUCAGAAGAAGAAGCUAUGAAUAAACUAAAGCAGACGGGAUAUGAUAACUGUAUUUCAAAGAUGUUUAUCACAUCAGCUACYGAGGGAACUGGCAUUGACAAGCUUUUGAAGGGGAUUGCGAAGGUCUUGCUUGAAGUUGAAAUGCCAGAAAGGAAGAUGAGUGUUAUUGUCAGCAAGGAACACCAACAAUCUUCCCAUGGUUGUUGUUGAGAAUUUAAAAGUCAGCCUGAACAAAUGUCAAAAAUCUACAAACAAAAAACAAAAUGCAAAUGUUGCAUAUUGUGUGUGAUAUUGCAAAUCCACUGAAAAGUUCCAAAUCUUCACAGCUCAAGAUAAUAUUUUAYAUUGAGUGGUCUUCACUAAAAAUUGUUGAAUCUGCUAAUUAAUCCAYAUUGUAACUACAUGUAAUGAUGAUUUUUACAAAGAUGCACUUACAGCAGAAACCAACUUUUAAGUUAAAUCUUAAAAAAAGAUUCAAAAGACAUUGUUGGGAUUCAGGUUUUCUGUAACUUGGGGUCAUAGCUUAAUUGCUACAAAUCAACCAAUGACUGAACAAGUUAGAAGUUAACAUAAAGCUCAUCCCCUUAGAAUUUAGAUAGAAGGAAAGAACAYGCAAAAUCCAAGCAAAAAGCAAAAGCUGUUUAUCAUACUACAUUUU